AACUACAACUCCAUCAAAGUCUUGUUUCGGGUAUCUUACACGUUGGGUGUAAAUUUAACCGCGCCUGAUAAAUUCAAGGAUUCAUUAAAAAUGGAGUCAAAAAAACGGAAAAAUCGCGUAUGCGAGAAAUGUUCUACGUUUCAUUCAGACCAACUUUGCCUAAGAGAGUAGUCCGAUUUCGAGCCAGCGAUUUUUAAGGCAAGCACUAUAAUGGUCGGAUCUAAACAAUUUGUUCGGAGAUUGGACCAUUGUCGUACCCGUACCUUUUGGAAUCUUCACGUAUGUUGGUUAUUUUUGGCGUUACAAACAACAGUUUGGUGAACAACACUAGAACAGUUGAGAACAACAUGUUUUGGGAUAUCCAAAUUAUUUUGAUAGCAAGCAGCCUUCUCUCGCUCCUUGCCCACUGGUGGUAUCUCAAGCGACAUAUUGACAGCAUACCACUUAUAGCUGAGACCGUUUUCACUGCUUUGCAAAUUGGCAUGGCCGCCAUUAAAAUGAUAUAUUUCUUCUUCACUCAUCGUACCUUCUACCGUCUGCUGGAUCAGACUUUAACACAUGAAAUAAUACGCAAAAUAGAAAUACUUACUGAUUUUCCAAUAGAUCGGCAGUUGAAGCAAGAGAUCGAUGACAUAAUGACUCGAGUUUGGCGCAACACUCGACGUCUAUUUUUAUUUUAUUUUUGUUGUUGUGUUGGUAUUAUUGCCAAUUACUUUUUUACCGCCUUCUUCGUGAAUCUCUAUCAUCAACUGAAGCAAACACCCAAUUAUGAGUUCUUUCUGCCUGUUCCGGCACUGUACCCAUUUUGGGAAAAGAAGGGCAUGGCAUUUCCCUACUAUCCUAUACAAAUGUAUAUGACCGGUGCUGCGCUCUAUGUUUCAGGCCUAGGUGCGGUGAGCUUCGAAGGCGUCUUUAUGGUGCUAUGUCAGCAUGCAGUUGCUUUAGUGAAGGUCCACAAUUUGUUGGUGCAACACGCCACUUCGCCACAGAUACCGGCUGAGAGGCGGCUAGAGUACCUGCGAUAUCUCAUAAUUACGUAUCGCCGCGUAAGCAAGUAUUUGCAAGAAAUCAAAACAAUUUUCAGGCACAUCAGUUUGGUACAGUUCUUGCUUAGCUUGAUUGUAAUGGGCUUUGUGUUAUUCGAGAUUAGUUAUGGGUUGGAAGCCAGCAUAGUUAUCCUCAUACGUAUGAUCAUGUAUAUAUCGGCUUCAAUAUCUCAAAUCACUAUAUACUGCUAUCAUGGUCAGGCACUAACUAGCGCGUGCGAAGAAAUCCCACUGGCUUAUUACAAUUGCGAUUGGUAUGGCGAGAACAAAUCCUUCAAAAACCUCAUACUAAUGAUGAUUAUGCGAACAAAUAAAGAGUUUAAUAUGGAAGUAUCAUGGUUUACUCUAAUGAACUUGACCACCUUGAUUUCUUUGCUAAGAGCGAGUGGAUCCUACUUUUUACUAUUGCAAAAUCUUCAAGAAGAUUAAUAUUAUUACAUUAUACAUUAUACAUUAUAAAUAAAAAUGUAUUGAAUAUUUCAAUAAAGAAAUUAGGAAAUGAACU